GUGUUUCUAGUGGAUUGGGGGACUUGGGUGCCGAAGAUUAGGCAUUGAGAAAGAUGACUCCCACACACUACGCCGACUAGUGAAAGAUUGCUUCAAAAUUGCACGGUGUUGCAUCAACAUACCCUAACACUAGUUUAAGUAUAAUUUGCUUACCGAAUGACCCGUGCGCUCGUUCCACUACCGCCAGUAAAAAAUAAUCAGACACCGCGACCUUACCAGAAGGAAGGAUCUGUCGGAAUGAUGACUCACUCCCUCUAGUACCGAGUUCAAGUGAAAUAAGCAUUGUUGCGGUUUAUCAGCUUUGAAGAUCUCUGACAAAUUGUUUUUUUCUGUAGUAUGACCUCAUCUACUUCAUGUAUUAUGGAUUGCUCAGAAAUGGAGUACUUUGACAAUGGCAAAUGUAUUCUUUGCUUGAAAUGUGGACCAGGAGAGGAGCUUUCUCAGGAGUGUGGCUUUGGAAGUGGAGGAGAAGCACACUGCUUAAAAUGUAAGCCUAGGCAUUAUAAAGAUGACUGGGGGCAUCAUGACUGCAAACCCUGUUUAUCCUGUAAACUAUUGAAUCGAUACCAGAAGGCUAACUGCACGGCCGGCAGCAAUGCAGUAUGUGGGGAUUGUUUACCUGGAUAUUACAGGAAAAUCCGUAUUGAUGGUUUGCAUGAUAUGGAGUGCAUGCCUUGUAGUCACUCAUCCUCCAGUGAUCCUCAAUGCUCUAGUAGCAGUGGAAUUGGUGUAGUAAAAGUCUGGAGCUCUAAAACCCCACCUCAGGAUGCUGCUAUUGCUUCUGUCAUUUGUGCCGCCUUUGUCACCAUGGUGAUUGCUUUGUCACUCCUGUGUUAUGUGUACCGUCGACGUACCUUUAUUAGGAACCUUGGUCAAGGGUGUUUUGGAUCCCAAAAUAUUGAUCAGACUGAGGUGGGGUAUUCUGCAAAUACUGUUGAAAAUACAAGAACUCCAAGCCCAAAAACACAGGAUAAAGACAAGGCUGAAGGUCGUUCUGACUCGUUGGCUACAGACGAUUCUCCCGCUAGCUUGAGAUCUUUUGUUCAGGCCCAUACAUUCCCAGGAACAGUGGUGAAACACCCCGUGCUGAAACCUCAGCAUGUGAGCAGCUCGUCAGAAACCCAACCUUUGAUGAGAGAUUCAACCUGCAGCAACUGCUCUUCUGGAUGCCAAUCCCAAAGAUCCUCGAGCUUCAGACAUAGUGCUGAAUACCCCUCAGAGUCUGCUUGUAUUCAGCCAGUGGUUACAGCAGUGCCGGCUAACCAAUACUGUGCAUCAGACCAGCAUGAAAGGCAUCAGCAUGCUCCAGUAGAAUGUACAGAGUUAGAUUUUAAUAGCCCUGCUGGUUUGGAGAACAGUGGACUUGAUGCUGAGAUUAUAGGACCAGCAGAAACUAGUAUAAGGUGUAUGGAUAAUGUGUCUGUGGAGCAAAAUAAUGUACUGUUUGCCAGUUGUACACAAAACAUUGACAGCUGCGCGAAAGCUAAUCAACAAUCCUGCAUCAACAACUGCAGUAAUUUGGAUUCUGUUCAAAACAUAGUAAAGAGGAGUUGUGAUCUCAUGCAUGGAGUCCGUUUGUGGAGUCUCCCGAAAGCUCUUGUUCAGUCUCUGUCUCUGAAGCUGGAUCCAUCAUUCCCUGGAGUGAAAAAUUAUAGGCAAGUGGGCCUGGAGCUGGGAGUGCCAGAGGAAGUGAUAAACAAUAUUGCGGGGUUUGAGAAUGUAUUUAACUACCUCUCCUCCUGCACUUUGAACACAGUCCCUGACCUUGUAAAAACUUUACAUUACGUGCAGAGGUUCGAUGCCCUAUUUAUGCUAUGUGAAUAUGCAACUCAAAGCCAGUCUGGUGUCUGUUAGCUGUCAAAAACAAAAAUGCAAUCUCUGUGGUCCUGGUGAGCACAAAUUAAGCCAUUAAAUGUGGGAAUGUGGGAGAAAGGCAUUACCAUAUAACUGGCAGGGAAAUAAAAUGCAGGCCGCUGAUUUUUUUAAAAUGUCUGUGAAGACACACUGCCAGGAAUCAGAUGUGUGUUUGACACUUAUACAUACUGUAUAUAUAAUUUUAAUUGUCCAUUGUUUUAAUGUUUGCUUUGUUAAAAGCUAACACUACAGAGCUACAGUAUUGGAAGAUGUGGUGCUGGAGGGAUGAUGAGUUUAUAUGUAGUACAAUGUAAGAAUUGUGUAUUGUGUUUUUGUAUACUUGUGCACAGUUUUUGUGCUGGUUGUAUAUCUUCACUGUAUUUCUUUACAGCAUUCCUCUGUGUUCAAGGAACGGAUUUAUUUUACAAUCUGAUAAUCUGAUGUCUCUUUAUUCUGUUUCCAGAAUAAAAAAUAAAACAGAAUUAUGGCAUGGUGAUUAAAUUUAUCAAAUAAAAGCUAUUGUGGCAUGACAGUUCCUAAUCUAGUGGGAGUACUAAAACCUAAUUACGUAAUUCAGCAUUAACAUUUUUUUGGUGGAAAGAAAAGUUGAAAAGUAAAAUUAAAAUCUUUUAGAAGCUCUUGUCAAAAAUGAGUUACAGUACACAUUCCAGAAUAUUUUAAAAGCUCUGGCACAAGAGUUAAAUGAUCAAUGUGCAUUAUAACUACUUUGGUUCCUUAUUUUCACGAAGAUGUAUUUAUUUCUUCUACAUUUAAAUUGUGUUUUAGUUUGUUGUCAGAAUUGUUCCCCCUUUCAAAUUGAAAUUGUGGUCUUGUUUACUUUGAAAAACCUGACCUGCAGCAUAGAAUAAUCCAAUUGCAAUUCUUUAAAAUCCUAAACGAAAAUCUUACAGUUAAAGGUUGUGUAAAAAUCAGAGGCUAAAGAAAACGGCCUUAACUAAGUAAGGUUUGUGUAAUACAUGUUUAACUUGAUAUAUUUCCCUUUUCUGUAGUUCUGGAGACCACAUUAAGAUAGAAGAAGGUUUUGUGGCUUAAAUAUAUUUGCUUGAAAAAUGUUGUAAUUGUGGGUGAUCACAUUUCAGAACAUAAGCACAACUGAGUGCCACAGAGAUACAGUUACCUAAGAAUAACUUUUUUUGUCAAGCAAAAAUAUUGUUUCUUGAAAUAGUAGAGCAGUGCAGAGAGACCUCUGUGCAUUAGUGAAGAAUGCUUUGUAAGCAUUAAAUUUAUGUUGAUGUUUAAUGUUUCAGGUCAUUCUGGAAUUUGAUGUGUCAGUAUUAUGAAAUGGUCCUAAAUAUAAUGUUGUGUUCAAAUAGAUUUACAGAUCAUUUCUUAUCCCAACUGUAAUACUGCCUGAUACCUGUAAAUUUUACAUUUUAAAAUUAUUUUUUAAUCGUUUGUUAGGUCAUAAAAUGUGU